AAUUACUGUUUAUUUCCGAAAUGUUGGUAAGCCGUCUAUCGAUUCUCCCCACGUACACACCUCCUCUUCAGUCAUCGAUUGCACUUUUUGCACCUACCAUUUUUUUUCCAGAGUAAUGAGAGCCUCAUCUCAAAUCAGUAGCAUGAGAGUGCACUAAAACAGGCCACCCUCACCUGCGAAACCACCCUCACCCUCUUCGUCUCAAUGAAUCUUUCAUAUUUAAUAUCUUUCGAAAAUUUUUAAAGUGUCUCUUGCAAGAAAGAAAGACAGAGAAAGAUAAAUUCGAAGUCAAAGUGUGUGACGAGGAAAGAACAACGCUGCCAUCCGUAAGAAAGAAAAAGAGGAAAAAAGAUAGAAGUAGAAGAAGGUGACAGUAAGAAAGAGACGGAUAGAGGGUGGGUGGUGGGGGGCUCUCGGCUUAAGUGAGAGGGAGAGAGAGGAGGUUAAAGGGAGUCGAGCGAGGAGAAUGACGGAUAGCCAGCAGCAGUUUUGCUUGCGUUGGAACAACUUUCAAGCUAAUAUCACCAGCCAAUUCGAGGCUCUCAGAGAUGACGAGGAUUUCGUCGAUGUCACCUUUGCCUGCGAUGGCAGGCGUCUCCAGGCGCACAAGGUUGUCCUCUCCGCGUGCAGCCCUUACUUCAAGGAGUUGUUCAAGACAAAUCCAUGCAAGCAUCCGAUAAUAUUUAUGCGUGAUGUGGAAUUCGAACAUCUACAGUCGCUCUUGGAAUUUAUGUAUGCUGGGGAGGUUAACAUAUCUCAAGCAGAAUUACCUACAUUUCUACGAACUGCUGAGUCUCUGCAAAUCCGUGGCCUCACCGACUCUCAAAGUAAUCAGCACAACAGUGAAAAGCAUUUGAAAACAAACAACAUACACGCAUCAAACGGCCGUGGGCUGAUCUCACCAAAUUUGGAGGAGGACCGUAGCAAAACACCACCAGCCUCAAGUCCUCCACCAUUAAAAAGGCUGUGCAAACGAAGUGAUUCGCCUCAGAUAUCUAGUCCAGUACCAGCUGCGGCGGCCUGUGCAACUGGAACGCCACGCACACGGCCAUUAAUUGAGCCACAGGUUCAACUUGACUGCUAUAAAGAUCUCGAUAUUGUUGAGCCAAAAAUAGAAUUACCAGAAUAUGGAAGCGACGAUGAUUGUUCUCCAAAGCAGGAGGUUAAUGCACUGCCAAGUGGUUUUCUUAGCCUUGAUGGUGGCAUGGAAGUUUUACCAUCGUACCCUCCUUCUUACCAGGGAGGAGGAGCUGGUGGUGGCGGAGGAGGUGGUGGCGGCGGGGGUAGUGGACCAUUAGAAGGUGGAAUGCCAGGACCAUCUCAUGCCGGCAGUACGGAACUAAACCAAGAGCAACAAGGUCGAAGGGUACGUCGCGGCAGGCCGCGGCUUGGAACAAGGGGUGGAAAACAUGGAUCCCCAUCGAUGCAAAGCAACUCACCCUCGAGGAGUGAAUGGCUACCCUUGGAUAUGAGGACUACACCUCCUGCUGCGAUGCCUGCUUUCCGUGGUUUCGAGGAAUCUUCCUCCGAUGGCGUGGUGCACUUGGGGGAAGGGAUAGCAGUUUGCGAGGAACAACUAAGGGCUGUGAAAUGGAGUGAUUACAGAAAAUUAACUCGUGGUCUGGCAGCAAUUUUAUUCAGCCCCACUGAGUUGGCCACAUGUUCAGUCACAGGACAACGAUGGAGUCGGGCUGGAACUGCAACUGAAAGACCGGUGAAACCUGCGCUAGAUAAAGCCAAGGUACAGGCUAUCAUAUCCUAUGUGACAUCGAGGUUUCCCACAGUGGACGUGAGCAGUGUAAAGCAAGUAUUGGCUUACAAGUGCAAAGAAAACUCGACGGCACUCAAGAUGAAAUCUAUUAGAUACAUUUGCGAGAGACAGGAAACAGAAAGAUUACCGAGAGCAAAUCCAGAGGAUAAGUGAAAGGUUAUAGGGGUGCGUUGAACGUGCAACUAAAGCCAUUUUCGAAGAACAUCGCAGCGUUCAUUUGACUCUGGUGAUUUCUAGCGACUAUCCUUUCCGCUUCGUCCUUUCUUCGCCGUCACCUGUUCAACGACACGUUAAACUAUGACUCUUAUUAAUUAGGCUGGCCAUGCCUUGUUACCGUAUACAGCCUUCAUACACCUCAAUUGAAUUGUUUAAAAGUUUCAGCUGUAAGGUCCAAAUAAUCGUUGACAAACUGAGUUGUUUUCAACAUUUUACCUACAUUGGAACCAUGAAAUAGUAGGAUUAAUUUGUUAAGUUUUAUAGAUCGGUAUAUGUAACGAGUGAAGUCCAGGAUCUGGAAUAUCUUUGAGAGUAUGGAAAUGAGAGAAACGUUUUCUUGUUUCAACGGAUAGCUGUAAGUAAAGUAGCGAGAAUCUGAUUUUCGGGACCGGAGGGAAUACUUCUGGCAGGAUCGGGGCCGAUCUCACCCGAAGUUAUCCGUUCUUACUCUAUCUCGGCUAAGUUCGGGAUCUCGCACACGUCUAGUUGUAAAUUCUAAAGUACAUCUGUUGAGGUGACAAAGUAAGUUAGACGGUGUACAAUUUUUUAAAAGAAUCGUUUCUCUGACGCCUAUAAUCUCAGAUAUGUUUGAUCUAUUCGAUAUUUGGACUUGAAUUAAUUAGUGUUAUUGGAAUCUGGCGAAGAACCCUUUUGAAGCCUAUAGAAAGAAAUUCUAACCUAGAAUACAAAAAGUAAUGAUCGAAAUUGCAGAUUUAAUAAUGUUGAAAUAUACUGCUGAGUUUAAUUGGGAGAAACUUGCAAGAACGGAUGAAAUAUGAAUAAUUUAGCGGAAAAUAUUGGAUAUAAAAGUCGGUUUAAAAAAACUAAUAGAAAGGGAGAAAAUGAACGCGGCAUAUUUGAAUAAAACCAUCCCUGAAAGCAGAUCGGAAUGAAAAAUCGUGAAACGAUGUAAAAUUUUCAAAAGGGAAAGGGUAGAAAAACAGAGGAAAAUUUCGUUAAUAAUAAUCGUAACCACUUAUUAUUAACGAAAGAAGAUUUCGUUAAUUAUUAAGAGUAAACGAAUAUAGCACUAGCGACCCCUUAGAAAGGCAUUAAACAAGUUAAUUAGGAUAAUAAAGGAACGGAUUGAAUUUAUGCCUGAUUAAUUUUUAAUUAACUUUAUACUAGGGAGAAAAACUAAUACAAUUUAUGUUUCUUUAUAAUGAAAGCUUAAAAAAAAAAGGAAGAGUUGAAUGUUGAAUCGGUAAGGGUGUUAUUAAAUCAAAUAAUACCAAGAUUAGUAACAAAAAA